CCCGCAUCGGCCAUGUUCAGCAGGCUGUGGAAACUCUUGGUUCCCACCUUGCCGACUCCGAUCGCUACUCCACCACCGGCUCCCACACCUGCACCAGCUCAUACUCCUCCACCUGCCCGGGAAAAGAAGCCUUCUGAAGGAAUGGGUGGGAAGCAGAAGGAUGGAGAAGCUGGACCAGCAGCCCCUGCCCCAGACCCCACCCCCGAGGCCCCAGCUCCUGCUCGAGACCCCCCCAUGCUUGAGGAGAAGCUUGCUGAUCCUGGCGAGGGUCAGGAGCCGCCUCAUCUGUCUCCACCCCCUCUAGUGGUAAAUAAAUAUAUAGAUGACCAUCUGAGGGGUCUGAUAAAGCAACUGAGGGAUCGGACUGCGAGCUACAGGGAAAAGGUCAUCGACCCGUAUGCCUCGUCCCCGGAGCACAGCCCCCCCAUCACACCGGUCAUGAGAAAGCGAGACUUCCUGAAGAAAGAGGCAGAGGAGCGAGCUCAGAGAGAGGAAGAGGGGAGGGAAAAAAAGGAGGAGGCACCUAAGAAAGUGACACAGAAGAAGGAUGAGGAGGAGGAAGAGGAGAAAGUGGAUGAGAAAAAGAAGGAAGAUGACAAGAAAGAGGAAAAGAAAGAUGACAAGAAAGAGGAAAAGAAAGAUGACAAGAAAGAGGAAAAGAAAGAUGGCAAGAAAGAGGAAAAGAAAGAUGACAAGAAAGAGGAGAAAAAGGAUGGUGAAGCAGAGGUCAAAGCUGAAAGCUCCAUCUGGUCCAAGGUCAUAUUGACCUGCCUCUUCUCAAUGGCUGACAUGCUCUUCAAACCGCUGGAGGAGAAGCUGGACUUGUGGAUGGAUGAAACCAUAGAUCCCUUCACAGAUCGCAGGUACAUCUUCUGGCUGAGCUUGGUGACUCUAGCCUACAACUACAACAUGUGGUUCGUCCCCAUACGCCUGGCUUUCCCUUUACACUCACCGAGGAGCAUCCCCUUCUGGACCUUCUUCGAUGUCCUGGCCGACAUCAUCUACCUCAUAGACAUGAUGGCAUUCCAGACCCGCCUCCAGUUCGUCAAAGGCGGGGACAUCAUCAAAGACGGAAGCUUAACAAAGCUUAACUACAGAAAGUCUGUGAGACUCUGGGUGGACAUAUUCUCAGUCCUCCCCUUUGAUCUGCUGUAUUUCCAUUUUGGGUUUACAUCAUUGUUCAGAGCCAACCGUAUGCUGCGGCACGAGUCCUUCUUUGAGUUCAGUGACCGUUUGGAGAGCAUCAUGAGCAGGGCUUACAUCUGGAGAGUGACCCGCACCAUUGGCUACCUGCUCUACUUGCUGCACAUCAAUGCCUGUCUGUACUAUGUUGCGUCAAACUACGAGGGCAUCGGCUCAACCAAGUGGGUCUAUGACGGGGAGGGCAGCGCGUACCUGCGGUGCUACUACUUCGCUGUGCGCACCCUCAUCAACAUCGGAGGGUUGCCGGACCCACAGACUGUCUUCGAGAUCCUGUUCCAGAUGUUGAAUUAUUUUGUCGGCGUCUUCGUGUUCUCCAGUCUUAUUGGACAGAUGCGGGAUGUCAUUGGUGCCGCCACUGCCGGCCAGACGUAUUUCCGUACAUCAAUGGACAACACGGUGUCCUACAUGAACACCAAUAAGAUCCCCAAGCUGGUCCAAAACAGAGUACGCACCUGGUACAACUACACCUGGGCCUCACAGGGCAUGCUGGAUGAAUCGGAGUUGCUGGAGCAGAUGCCCCUGGUCAUGAGGACAGCCAUCGCUGUGGACAUCAACCUCAGCACCUUCCAGAAGAUCGAGCUCUUCAAGGUGAGCAAUGCCAAAUCCCCCGACCCCAGGCAGAAGCCACACACAACUAUUCAAUGCCGAAACCUUUGCUUGCCACAGGGCUGCGAUAACCAGAUGCUUGUGGACAUGUUACUUCGCCUGAAGUCCAUCAUUUAUCUGCCUGGAGAUUUCGUCUGCAAGAAGGGGGACAUAGGGAAGGAGAUGUACAUUAUCAAGGCCGGGGCCGUGCAGGUGGUGGGGGGGCCGGACAAUAAGACGGUGUUUGUCACACUCAAGGCCGGAUGCGUCUUCGGGGAGAUCAGCCUGCUACAGUCGGCAGCCAACGAUGGAAACCGACGGACGGCUAACGUGGCUGCCUACGGCUUUGCCAACCUUUUUGUGCUGGACAAGAAGGACCUCAAUGACAUCCUGGUGCACUACCCAGAAUCUCAGAAGGUCCUGGCCAGGAAGGGGAGGAAACUCAUCAAGGCCAAAGGCCCGGUGCCUGCAGGUCCAGUGGAGCGGAGGAGGGGCCUGGAUUUAUUCAGGGAGAAGCCACCAACUCCCAAGUUACUGCGCGCCUUUGGGGACUUCAGGAAGGGAGGCUUCCUGGAGAAAAUCAAGGCUACAAUGGGAGAUGCACACAAGUAACAGACAAGGGGGCUCUACACUUCACCGCAGGAGCGAGUGUUGGAAACUGCGUCUGUCGGCAUGAAUUCUUUGGAAUCCAUCAGUGGUUGGACUUAACCCGCAGUAGAUGUGUUAUUCAGCAACAUGACAUAACGCACAGUGCUCUGUGAGACCUCAAGUACUGUGCUUCUUCAUCCUAGCCGAAUCGUCGGCCUGAGAUCGACCAACUUCCGGAUACUCAGAUGACCCAUACAUGUGAACAGGUUAACUACCACGCUCCGGUUCUCAGAUACAAAUAACCAUUUUGGCAUACUUCAUAAUUAUAUUAGGAAGAGAAUGGUAACAUGAUCUAAAUGCCUGUAGACUAUGGUAGUUUGAUACUGUAUAGUUUCUGAUUUAAAUGCUGAUGUGAAUGAAAGUUAAUAGACCAGCUAAAGACAACCAUUAACAACUUUUAUUCAUUCUUUGAAUUGGCUGAAAGGCAUACAGAUAGGUGUGCGAAGGGGAGCCUGGGAUUGGCUCUGGUGCUAUGCACCUGUGGAUGUUUCCCAGGUAACACCGUCUAAGGGGAAUUCCUACAAAGGCAAUAAAAAGCUUAGCUUCAGACGCCCAGAAAAACAGGCACGUCAGAGACAGACAGCCGCCCACAUCUGCAGAACUACUGAAAUUAACAUAUGAAAAGUAAGCAGAGAACAGGUUUGACUUGAAUGCAUUAAUUUCCUUUGGGAUCGUUUCAGCUUGAUGAACAGAUUACUUGUACCGGUCAUAUUUUAAAAAAUGAAAAUUUUAUCAGAAGUAUGAA